UGUCCACCCAUUCCCCUCGCCUCGCCGCCGCGGACUUCCCUUCCCGCACCCGCAUCAAAUUCCUCUUGUUCCGCGGAAUUUCCCUUGCUAAUCCUGGUAUCUCCUGUCGCUAAGCCACUCUACUCCGCCUAACCCCCGCUCUGAGCUCACCGGACUGGCGGCUCCGUCCGGCUCUCUCAGCGUGCGCGUGCUCGUGAGGAGGGCUCUUUCGAAGCGUGUGAAUCCGGUGGGCGACGUGAACCAGGGAUGGAUUUCCCGGGAGGAAGCGGGAGGCGGCCGCAGCAGCAGGAGCCGGAGCACCUGCCGCCGAUGACGCCGCUCCCGCUGGCGAGGCAGGGGUCGGUGUACUCUCUCACGUUCGACGAGUUCCAGAGCUCGCUCGGCGGGGCCGCCAAGGACUUCGGCUCCAUGAACAUGGACGAGCUCCUCCGCAGCAUCUGGUCCGCGGAGGAGGUACACAGCGUCGCGGCCGCCAGCGCGUCGGCGGCGGACCACGCCCACGCCGCCGCGCGGGGGCCCGUGUCCAUCCAGCACCAGGGCUCGCUCACCCUCCCCCGCACGCUCAGCCAGAAGACCGUCGACGAGGUCUGGCGCGACCUCACGUGCGUCGGCGGAGGACCCUCCUCCGGCUCCGCCGCGCCCGCAGCGCCGCCCCCGCCGGCCCAGCGGCACCCGACGCUCGGGGAGAUCACGCUGGAGGAGUUCCUCGUCCGCGCGGGCGUGGUGCGGGAGGACAUGACGGCGCCGCCGCCCGUACCGCCGGCGCCGGUGUGCCCGGCUCCUGCUCCGCGCCCGCCAGUGCUGUUUCCCCAUGGCAAUGUGUUGGCUCCCUUGGUGCCUCCACUGCAAUUCGGGAAUGGGUUCGUGUCGGGGGCUGUCGGUCAGCAGCGAGGUGGUCCCGUGCCCCCCGCGGUAUCGCCCAGGCCUGUGACGGCCAGCGCGUUCGGGAAGAUGGAGGGAGACGACUUGUCAUCCUUGUCGCCAUCACCGGUCCCGUACAUUUUCGGUGGUGGGUUGAGGGGAAGGAAGCCACCGGCUAUGGAGAAGGUGGUUGAGAGGAGGCAGCGCCGGAUGAUCAAGAACCGGGAGUCGGCCGCGAGGUCGCGCCAAAGGAAACAGGCAUAUAUGAUGGAGCUGGAAGCUGAAGUGGCAAAACUUAAAGAGCUGAAUGAUGAAUUGCAGAAAAAGCAGGUUGAAAUGUUGGAGAAGCAAAAGAAUGAGGUCCUGGAGAGGAUGAGACGGCAAGUUGGGCCAACGGCAAAGAGAAUUUGUCUGCGGAGGACAUUGACAGGUCCAUGGUGAGCUGUAGACCCGUACGGCUGUACCUUAGCAGUAUAUAUGUGGUAGGUGAAGGUGAACACACAAUGGCCAGAGUUGCCGUGGUUGACACAGCCAUUAAUCCGGAGCUUCAGUCUCGUAGGCGGAUAGAUUGCCUGUGAUUUCCACUUCAUAGGUUUUGCCCAUUUGCAACAACAAAAAAAGAAAAGAAAAGGAAAGGAAAGAAAGAAAGUUCGGGCGAAUAGAGGAGUUUGUAUGUAGAAAGAAAGUUUAGAUUGUUUGACUUAUAAUGCGAGAUGAAGACUUAUUUUGGGACGGAGAGAGUAUAUUGCUUCUUUAGGCUUUCUGGUUUGGUGAUAUAGGGUAUAACUGUAUCAUCAGUCCUUGUGCUUUGGAAAACGGAAAACCAAUUUGUGAUGUAAACUUCAGAACUGCAGAUGUCCGCUGUGCCCAAACUUGUAGAGAUUGCUUACGAAAGGAAUACGUUGUUGUACGCUUACAGUUGGGGAUGUUUGGUUUGCCACCCAGAUUUUGC